AUGUUUCCAGGCAACGAAAUGUGCUGCACCAGGCCACCUCAUGUUUCAGUCGCUACAGUAUUCGAGAUAUCACGAUACGUGCAUAUUUGUAAUGCACUAAUCACUGCCUGGAGACAUCACAAACGAGUGAUUCAGCUGGGUUCCAGAUGGCUCAAGUGGUUAGAGAGCGAAUUUACUGACCGGAAGCCUGUGGUUUCGAACCCGACCUGUGCCUCCCGCGUCCGCUGUCUAGGCUUGGGCGACCUGGCAGUAUCCCAUCCCUCGUGUAACCUUCGGGUGACAUGGCAGCUAGGCACCGAAAGGGUGCUACAGCUGAACGAAUCUAACCAGCUGAUUAUUUGA